UCUCGUCUAACUGAGCGUCGUUUAACAGUUGCACAAUACCAAACAACUCAGGACAACAACUCAAGGGUUCCUUUGCUUCCAACGCACCAAAUCCGAAACCUUUGUUCAAUUUGAUUUCCGUUACCUAAAAAUCAAAAGGAAAUUCAAUUGUUUUCUGAAAAAUGUCUGGGGAAGAGGAAGAAAACGCUGCAGAGCUUAAAAUCGGAGACGAGUUUUUGAAGGCAAAGUGCUUGAUGAAUUGUGAAGUUUCAUUGAUUCUUGAGCACAAGUAUGAGCAGCUUCAGCAGACGGCUGAUGAUCCCAUGAAUCAAGUUUCUCAGGUAUUUGAAAAGUCAUUGCAAUAUGUAAAGCGUUUCAGCCGCUAUAAAAAUCCCGAUGCUGUUAGACAAGUACGAGAAAUUCUGGCUAGAUACCAAUUGGCUGAGUUUGAGCUGUGUGUCCUUGGCAAUCUUUGCCCAGAAACUGUGGAGGAAGCUAUUGCUAUGGUGCCAUCUAUCAAGACAAGAGGACGGGCUCAGGAUGAUGAAGCAAUUGAGAAAAUGUUAAAUGACCUCUCCUUGAUUAAGAAAUUUGAAUAAAAGUUUCUUCCAAUUGCCACAAGUGAUGGUUAUUUCUUGGGUGUGGUAUAUGCUAUCUUGUCCAAUGUUGAGAGUGGAGUAAUUUUAUUUAUACUGUAUAACAUAUCACUUCACAGCAAGCAAACCUGUUUUUGUAGUUUCUAUUACAGAAUUCAUCGUUGGAAAUUGUAGCUAGUUUAUUUCGUGAAUUUUAUGAAGGAGGAUUUGACAGAGAUGCCUGCUGCUAUAGGAGAGUGCCUUUGAGGUGUUAAAGAUAAUGAUGUAUAUGUGAUUAUUGUCUUGCUGUCCUAUUUAGAACAUAAAGGUAUAUUAUUAUCCUUUAAAUGGUGACAGGAAUAAAUGA